AUGAAUAGACGAAAGUGGCAAGUUGUACCCCAAAUCUUGCAUUUUUUCCAUUGCCAACACUUUGAUCUAGAAGUCACGGGAGUAUCCAGAAGUGGUAGGGUACGAAAAAAGUCAUCAAAAUUGAUGGAUUUUGAAUCACCCGACGAAAUCGAAAGAAGCUUCAACAAAAGGUCAGCUUUGCCUGCACAAAGAAAAACAGAAAAUUUCGAUUCGUCUCCUAAAAAGGAGGGUAAUUAUGAACACUUUGACAUGGAAGAAAGUGGUUCAGAGUAUAACAGCGAAUAUGAGCCGGCAACAAAUACAACAGAGUCGAGCAUAGACGAAUCUGUGGAAUCGGACAGCGAUUUUGAAAUCGAUGAAGGUGGUUUCAGAAGAUUGGAUGCUUCAUCCAAGAAAAAGCUAGUAAUCAAAGAUGGGAAAAUAAUGAAAUCUGACAAAGUUAAAGGAAGAGAUAAAGGAAGCAGGACGCCUGGAAAGAAAACUCCAACACACAAACCUAUGCAGCUUCAAGCAGCUACGUUUUCGAACACCAUUGGUUACGAAAAUAUCAAUAUUUCGCCUCCUAGUCCCAGAGGGAAGGAUGGCGGAUACAAAGGCAAUGGAAUUAAACCAAUAGAUGUCGCUGCUCAUCUCAAGUUACUCGGAGAAAGCUUGACUAUUAUUGGAGAACGAUUGAAGGAACAUGAGGGUCAGAUAGCUGUUUCUGGUAGUCUAUCCGUUCUCCUUGAUUCCCUGCUAUGUGCUUUGGGACCUUUACUUUGCCUGACUCAACAGGUACCCGAGUUACAAGAAAACUGCUGUAGUCCAGAACAAUUGAUGAGUACCUUGGAUAACGUGGCGUUCAUUAUGCCUGGAUUAUAAAAUGUAAAUUAAUUCAUUUAUUCGUUCAUAUGGUUGUACAGAUUUAAUGUUACCUACUGAUAUUUUAAAUAUUAUUUUCAGGUCAUGAUUUACAGAUGGUAUUUAAAAAGCUAGUAAUAAAUUCAUUACAAAAUUA